CCGGGGAAGAUGGCGGCGGGCGCGCGGGGAGCCAGGCCUGGCGCCGCGGUGACAGCGCUCCUGGCCGCCUGGCUGGCGCUGGCGCUGGGCCCCGCCGCCGCCGCCGCCUCCCGCCCCUCCCAGGCGGGCAGCCCCGGCGAGCAGCGGGGCCGCGUGCAGGUCCUGAGCGCCGCCAACUGGAGCCUGGUGCUGCAGGGCCAGUGGAUGGUGCAAUUUUAUGCCCCUUGGUGUCCAGCGUGCCAACAGAUUGAGGCAGCAUGGGAGAAUUUUGCAAAAGAAAGUGACCAUCUAGAUAUCACUGUAGGAAAAGUGGACGUCACUCAAGAACCAGGUUUGAGUGGCCGUUUUUUUGUCACCACACUUCCUACUAUUUACCAUGCGAUGGAUGGAGUAUUUCGCAGAUAUCGUGGCUCAAGGACGUCAGAAGACCUUCAAGGCUAUAUCUUAGAGAGAAAAUGGGAAGCUGUAGAACCCGUAGCUGGAUGGAAAUCCCCAUCUUCUAUAAUGAUGCAUGGAAUGGCAGGUCUUUUUCAUUUCUCUGGAUGGAUCAGGCAAAUUCACAGCUACUUCACAGGCACUCUUGGAAUUCAUGUCUGGGGUUCUUAUGCAAUCUUCAUUUUAUCCACUCUGUUGAUUGGCCUGAUCCUGGGUUUGAUAUUGGUUUUGAUUGCAGACUGCCUUUGCCCUUCCAAGCCUAGGUACAGAGAAGAAGCAUCCGUAGAGUUGAUUGAAAAGGAGAAUGCAGAGCUUACAGCAGUAGAAGAGGUGGAAGAAGAUGAAGAGCUUUCAGCAAAUGAGUUAGAAGAGGCUGUAGAGGAAAAGAAGGACAUUUCAGAUGGGGAAGAUGGAGCCAAAUCAAGUGAAGAGGCCAAUUCAAGUGAGGAUGGCUCAGAAGAGGAGGACUCUGCCGUUGAUGAAGGAUCAGGGACAGAAGAGACAGAAGACAUCUGUGAACAACAUCCAACUGAUUCGGAGACCCAAAGCUCAGUAAGGCAACGUAAAAGCCAGGUGGCUGACAAUGGACUAUAGUUUCCUUGGUGUUUUCCAUAAACUCGGACCAAAGAAAUAUCUGGGGCCUUUUUGGUCUGCAGCUGAAGCCAAACACUUGAUUUGUAAUUUGUGUUUACGUAAAGCAAAACCUUUGCUCUGCAUCACUUGGCUUCUUUCUUUUUUCUAAGCCAAUAUUUGCUCAUAGACUCUCAUUUUUAUAAGCACGCCUUUAUAUAUUCAGUUAGCCUGACAAUCAAAAUCAUAAGUGUGAUUUGAUCUGCUUAGAGACUUAGGGGGCCGGGCACAUGACCACUGGGGUGAAAGACUUGGUAAUGAGAUGCUUGUGCUCCUUUAUAGACACUGCUCUAAGCAAGAUGAGGCAAGAGAAUUUGAAUUCACAAGCCUACAUUAACAAGUAGCAGCUUAGCAGGAAUCUUGACUUCCUUUUCUUUCUGUCUCAAUAUGUUCCUUAAAUGCCAUAAUAACAUCAGGCACAUCAUAAAACAGCAGACAGAGGCACCUUAAUUGUCUUCCAUUAAAACAACUUUGUAUUUUU